UCUCAUUAACAGACUAUUAAGUUUUGCUAUUACCAAGAGUAAGGAAGAGGUGAGACAUCAAGUUCCAGGACUGCACUUCUAUAAAACAGGUCUGCUAUAACCUCUAGCUGUAUCUUUGAUGGAUUAGUCUUCAUGGAAAUCCUGAGUGCUAAAUGAUUCAACAAGAUUGACACUAGCUCUUGUCACCAUGGAGAUAUUACUUCGUGCCAAGUAUUUUCAGUGCCUAGCAAUUCCUGGCUCUCUGAGAGCCUUACAUGAAGGUUAUGGAACAGCAACACCUCAGAAUUUCUCCAGCUAUGAGUCCAUGAAACAGGGCUUCAAAUUAGAGAUUCCAGAGCAUUUCAAUUUUGCUAAAGAUGUCUUGGACCAAUGGGCCAAUAUGGAAAAGGCUGGAAAGAGAUCUUCCAAUCCAGCCUUCUGGUGGAUAAAUGGAAACGGAGGAGAGGUGAGGUGGAGUUUUGAGGAACUGGGAUCCUUAUCCAGAAAAUUUGCCAAUAUACUUACAGACGCCUGUUCCCUGCAAAGGGGAGACAGAGUAAUUGUGAUCCUGCCCAAGAUCCCAGAGUGGUGGCUUGCAAAUGUGGCCUGUCUGCGAACAGGGACAGUUUUAAUUCCAGGAACUACUCAGCUUACCCAGAAAGACAUACUCUACAGACUACAGUCUUCAAAAGCAAAGUGCAUUAUUACUGAUGAUGUUUUAGCUCCAGUAGUUGAUGCUGUAGCACCUCUAUGUGAAAAUCUCCACUCCAAGAUAAUUGUGUCUCAGCACCCCAGAGAAGGAUGGGGGAACCUGAAGAAGAUGAUGAAAUACGCCAGUGACAACCACACCUGUGUGGAGACAAAACACAAUGAGAUGAUGGCCAUUUACUUUACCAGUGGGACAACUGGACCUCCUAAGAUGAUUGGACACACUCACAGCAGUUUUGGUUUAGGAUUAUCUAUAAAUGGAAGGUUCUGGCUGGAUUUGAUACCCUCAGAUGUGAUGUGGAAUACUUCAGACACAGGCUGGGCAAAAUCUGCAUGGAGUAGUGUUUUUUCUCCAUGGACCCAAGGAGCAUGUGUGUUUGCACACUAUUUGCCCCGUUUUGAGCCAACUUCCAUCUUACAAACGCUCACGAAGUUUCCCAUCACAGUCUUCUGUUCAGCACCCACUGCUUACAGAAUGCUCGUACAGAAUGAUAUGUCCAGCUAUAACUUCACAAACUUACAUCAUUGUGUGAGUGCUGGGGAGCCCAUCAACCCUGAAGUGAUGGAACAGUGGAGAAAAUGGACAGGUCUAGACAUCUAUGAAGGAUACGGACAGACAGAAACGGUGCUAAUCUGUGGAAAUUUCAAGGGAAUGAAAAUUAAGCCAGGCUCAAUGGGAAAGCCUUCUCCUGCUUUUGAUGUGAAGAUUGUAGAUGAAAGUGGCAAUGUUCUUCCUCCUGGACAAGAAGGGGACAUUGGUGUUCAGGUUCUGCCUACUCGACCACCUGGACUUUUUACUCAUUAUAUAGAUAAUCCUUCACAAACAGCUUCAAGUCUACGAGGCAAUUUCUACAUCACGGGGGACAGAGCGUAUAUGGAUGAAGAUGGAUAUUUCUGGUUUGUUGCAAGAUCAGAUGAUAUCAUAUUAUCCUCUGGUUACCGAAUUGGACCAUUUGAGGUAGAAAGUGCCCUGAUAGAGCACCCUUCGGUGGCAGAGUCAGCUGUUGUCAGCAGCCCAGACCCCAUCAGAGGAGAGGUAGUAAAGGCUUUUAUUGUUCUGAAUCCUGAUUAUAAGUCACAUGAUGAACAACAACUAAAAAAGGAGAUCCAGGAGCAUGUAAAAAAGAUGACAGCACCUUACAAAUAUCCCAGAAAGAUUGAAUUUAUUGAAGAGUUGCCAAAGACUAUCAGUGGGAAGAUAAAAAGAAAUGAGCUGAGGAAGAAAGAAUGGAAAGCAAUUUAAAUUCAUUCCCUUCAUCACCCUAGUAUUGAAAACCAAACAUGGUGUGCAUAAUCUGCAGAAACAAGAUUAUGAGUGAUAAAAAGUGUGCUUAAAUGUUUCUAAGCCAUUUAAACAAUGUGUGAUUAUGACAACAAAGGCCUAGUUUUGCAAUCUAAUAAUCAGUGAAUUCUUUUCCUUUAAUGUCAAUGUUCCUGUAUUUGGUAACAUAAAAAGAAUACUCAGGGAAGUGCUGAGAAUUUUUUUUUCUUUCACAAUUUUUAUUAACAUUGUCCAUGAUUAUAAAAAAUAUCCCAUGGUAAUACCCUCCCUCCCCCCACCGCACUUUCCCCUUUGAAAUUCCAUUCUCCAUCAUAUUACCUCCCCAUCUCAAUCAUUGUGAGAAUUUUUGAUACGUAGUUUAUAGAAGCAGCUUCUGAACUAAAUUUUUUCCCUGCUAGUUUUCAAACUUAAUUGGAUAAUUUCAGUAUUAAUAUACAAAUCAGGACGAACCAAUCUUCAAACCUUGAAAUAAGACUAAAUACCUUGCAAGUGUUUAGAGAAAAAAUAGUAAGUUAGAAGAUUGCCACAGGUCUUAUCUGAAAAUUGACCAGGGGUUUUUAUUAGUUGUAAUUUUAUUCAAAUAAUUUAAAAAUAGUUUAAAAUUUGUUUAAAAAUGGAUAUCAUGUACUUUUGUUGCUUGUUAAACUUAAUAUAGUAAAUAAAAAACCCUGAUGUUCCUAA